AUGAAAUUCCGCAUUUCGAGUACAGAAACUGAAAGAGGCUACAAUGCAGGUGGAAGGAAACGAUCCAAACGGGUAUUUUUGGCCGUACUCUUGCUACUUGCCAUUGUUGUAAUUGCAAUUGCAGUCCCACUUUCCCUGGCCUCCAGCAGCUCAGAGCCUGCUGAAACCGAAAAGACUGUCGUUCCAAAGGAUGAUAAAGUUAAUGGACCGACUGGAAAGGAGAGUGCCGAUGAGGAGGCAAAGGAUGUCAACAACCUUGCUGAAGAAGGACCCGAAAGACCUGAUGCUAAAGCUCAAGCUCAAAACGUCACUGAAGAACAAACAAAUGAGCAAGAACAGCAAAAUGAAGAUGGCACUGAAGAUCAUCAAGAUGGCCAAGAACAUCAGAAUCCACCAACGGACUCCCGCCAAGGGGCAGAGGAGGAUGGACCCAAAACUGCGACAGAUGAUGAGCAAAAGGCUGCAGAACAGAAUGUCACAGAAUCACAGGACAACAAGGGACCUCAGGAGGCAAGGGAACCAAAAAAGUCCAUAAGAAGCGAGGUUAUCCAGGGUAAGGAGCCUACGCCGUUCGAAAAGAUCGAGCUGGAAAAGAACAAGUUAAAGAGGAACCUCAAACCCAGAUUUGACAUGAUGGAUAGACUAAAGCAGGGCAUCCAAAAGCCAGUCGAAUACAUCGAACAAGACGCCAGCUUUUGCCUCGCAAAGGGUCUCUCAAAAUCCUGCAUGCAAGGUGGGGAAGUCAAGUACAUCACCUACUCUGAGCUCUUUUACCUGGCGGAAAUGACCGAGUUUCUGCAGCACAGGGUAAAGCCAAAGUUUGAAAUUGAGCUGCUCAUCAAGUUCAAGAAGUACUGCGCCAAGUACGGCAUUGACUGGGAGAGCGAGGGAACCUUUAAAAAGUACCUCUACCUCUUCCGCAAGGACGUUAUCCAGAUGGAGAAGCACAACAGGAACCAAAACAGAGGAUACACCAUGGGAUACUAUACCAGACUCGCGGAAGACGUACCAGCGGAACAGAUACGGGUCAUCGGCUACGGCAACCUGUUUGACAGAGUCAAGGACGGAGAAUUCAAACACACACCCCUGCACUUUGAACCCGAAGCCCAGGCAGACGAAAAGAGAGCAAUCGUGGACUGGAGAGAAGGCGGAUAUGUACCAGACAUCAAAAUCAAGAAUAAGAGGCAGUGCACCUCCUGCUGGAUGUUGGCAGCCGCUGCAAUGUACGAGGCACUUGUAGCCAGAAAAAGGAGGACAAGAGUGAACUACAGUGCACAGCAACUCUUGGAUUGCGCCCAUGGCUUUGAUGACAACAGGGGAGGAAAUCUGGGAAAGGCCCUCGAGUACCUGAAGGACCAUGCGGUCUGCCCCGAGAUCAGGUACCAGUUUAUCGGUAAACCUGGCAUUUGCCAAGACACUAAAUGCCAGGGAAAACCACUCGUCAAGUCCGUGAUCAAGAUAUCGGAGCCAACUGCCGAACAGCACCUCAGGAAGCAUGGACCAUUUGUCACCGUUUUUGACGCUUCCAACUCCUUCAUCAAUGGCUUCAGAGGUGGAAUACAUGACCAGAGAUUCGGUGUAGGCGUGAGAGUCACGGCGCUGGUGGUAGGCUUUGGCACAGACCAAAAGACCGGCAAUAGGUACUGGAUCGUCCAAAACGCCUGGAGCCCAAAAUCCGACUGGGGAGAGAACGGCUACUUUAGAAUCACAGACGGUGCAGCCAAGGGAACGAACGGAAUAUUCGAUAACGCAUACGGACUCUCCACAGAACCAGCACCUGGACCAUAA